UUUAUUAUACCCUAGGUGGCUUAGUCCCUACCAACUCAUAUUAUUGACGCGUUGAUGUUUUCAAUAACUAGCACUGUGUAAAAUAUAUGUUCAUCAGUCGGUCAGCUGCAUAUUAACAAUCAACUACAAGAACGCUAAUUGUGAUUGAAAAGUAAUGGAGGAAUUAAAGAAGGCAUUGAAACAUCAGGCAAAGCUAUACAAUGCAGACACAGCCUUCAUCAGUAUAUCGACUUUAGACAUGGGAAGAAAGUAUCAAAUCACUGAUUUAUCCAAAGUCCAGUCGGUAUAUGGUUUGCGUAUACUAGUUAGCCUUCAAGGAGAUCGGAGGAUAUUGAAAACAUACUUACCUAAAUCUAUUAAGUUGAGUGAUUCUUAUAUUGACGGUUUCAUUAAUCGGGAUAGAAGGUCGGUUCUUUAUUUAAUAUACAAGGGUGUAAAAUCUAAUGGAGCGUAUAAAAUUGAUUUUGAAUGAUUCCGGUUCAUCUAAGAUUAUUUUGAAUUUUGUUAAUUUUUUUCAAGAAAAAUUAAAAUACAUGUGUUAUAACAUAUUUUUUGA